GUCGUUCAUCUCAUCGUCUCGUGUAUGGCAAUUGGCCUACUGUCACAUGUAAAUGACAACCGGUUGUCAGUAGUUUCUGUCACGAUGCUGCGAGUGGCGAAUUCGAUCAUCCAAAAUGCCAUUCGAAACCCCAUACAAUGUGAACGUGGCUUACAAACAACGGCCGUCAACUUGAAAGUUCAAUCUGGCCGGUACAAAGUAACCCAAAAACGAGAUUUCCCACUGACUUACGAAAUGGCAAAUCCUCCACACUACAUAGCUCAUAGGAAGUCUUGGAACUCAUGGAAUACAUCUAAUUUGGCCGACGGACUCAGAUCGGCAGAAACUACGAUCGAAGAUAUUUUCAUCCGUCGUUUCAUGACCGGUACCUGGCACUCGCUCGUAUGCUCGGAAGUUAUUAUCAAACGACAACAUAAUCACAUUCGGGUGGCAGCGAUCAUUCGACAAGGAGUUCCUGCUAGGAAAAUGUAUUUUCUGAUAGGGUAUUGUGAAGAAUUGCUUUCAUCUUGGCUUCAGUGUCCGGUUACAUUGGAGUUGCAAACAGUAGCAGAUAAAAAAGAUGUUAUCUUUAAGUAUAUUUGAAGAAAUAGAUUAAUUGUAGAAAAGGAAAAG